AUGCGAUACCAUAAUCUGCUGGCGGGCGUCAUCGCAUUCACAAGCGCGGCGGCCGCGCAAUUCAUCUUUCCCGAGUCAUCAAGCAACCUGCAGGUCAACCAGGCGGUCCAGAUCCGGUGGAACAAGGCCAAUCUGCAGGAGCCGCUCUCCAUCAACCUCGUUCCAGCCGGCCAGGUGAUUCGACAAGACAUUGUUCUGCAACAGGUUGCAGUAAACAUUGGAAACGUGGGAAUCUUUCAAUGGAGCGCGGAUCAGACCAUAUCCGCGUUUCCCAAGUUUGCCAUGGUGAUUGUCGAUGCCCGGUCGCAGGUUGUCGAGUCGCAGACAUUUGCGAUUUCGGGCCUGACGAAGCAGCCGAAUCAGCAGAUUGAUCUGAACAACGGCAAUGCUGGGGGGACGAAGAACAAUAAUGGCAACAACAAGCAGAAUGAAAAGCAAAAAGUAAAGGCAAAGAAUAACGAUAAUGACAAGAAUGGCAACAGCCGUGUUGGUGGUAAUCAAAACGACGACAAGAAGCAACAGAAUGGGAAUGGGCAAAAAGAUAAAGCCACGGAUAAGCAGCAGCAGAACAACAACAACAACAACAACAACAACAACAACAAGGGCUCGAGUACCUUGCUGCCUCUCCCCGGUCUGCCGCCCAAGGGCGCGCCGCCCGUCCCUCUGAAGCCUCUCCCCGGUCUGCCGCCCAAGGGCGCGUCGGCCGUCUCUCUGAAGCCUCUCCCCGGUCUGCCGCCCAAGGGCGCGCCGCCCGUUUCUCUGAAGCCUCUCCCUAAUACCGUCGAAUCCGUCCCCAUCUCGAAGCCGGCUGCUGCGGUACCAGAGUCCAGCAAGAGCCCUGCUGCUCCAGAUGCAGGCAAGGAGGCAUCAUCAUCAUCAUCAACGUCCAAACCUGCACCAGCCGUUGCGGAGCCUGCGCCCGCCGCUGCCCCGGAGGCCAAGCCCGAGCCCGCCGCGGCUGUGCCUUCACCCACCGCGGCUGCCAGCGAGACUGCCAAGGAGCAGCCCGAACCGGCCCAACCCGCAGCCAACGGGUUCACGAUUUUGCAGCCAUCCGCCGUCGCAGCAGCAUCGCCCGCCAAAGCAGUCAAAGCCGUCGCCGCCGCCGUACCGGAGAGCAGUCUGAAAGCCGAGGCGCUUGCCGCGGGCCGUUCUUUCCGCGAGAAGACGACCAGUGAGGUGCUUUUCCUGACGGCGCUCGGGGUGCAGCCCGGCCAGGACAAGACCAUCAGUACGGCGAUUACGCCCCGUCCGGUGAACUUGGCCGCGAGCAACGCGGGUGGAGCAUCAGGGGCGCAGGAAACUUCGUCGCCGGAAGAUGCGAAGCCAACAGUCUUGUCGGAGAAGAGCAGCGCGGAGAGAAAGGUCCCCGGUCUGGCACUGGGGUUGCUUGGUGUUGCUGCCGGUGUGGCGUUGCUGUGA